AUGUUUGUCGGUCAUGGGUUUACCUAUCAUAGGUUUACUGCCUACAGGUUUGUCGGUCAUGGGUUUACCAACCAUAGGUUUACUGCCUACAGGUUUGUCGGUCAUGGGUUUACCAACCAAAGGUUUACUGCCUACAGGUUUGUUGGUCAUGGGUUUACCAACCAUAGGUUUACUGCCUACAGGUUUGUCGGUCAUGGGUUUACCAACCAAAGGUUUACUGCCUACAGGUUUGUUGGUCAUGGGUUUACCAACCAUAGGUUUACUGCCCACAGGUUUGUCGGUCAUGGGUUUACCAACCAUAGGUUUACUGCCUACAGGUUUGUCGGUCAUGGGUUUACCAAUCAUAGGUUUACUGCCUAA